AUGGAUUUUUCAUCCUCAACUAAUCCAUGGAAUGCAGCACAUUCAAAGGACAAUCACUCUUGUCAGUCUCAGUCCGAGCCCUGUUAUUGCCAUGAUAAAGAACGAGCGCAGGAUGAUGGCCUCAAGGCAUUCUUGCCACCAGGGUUUGAUUCACUUGAAGAAUAUUUAGCUAGCCUGCAGUCGUUUUUGGCCCGUUGUGAACCGAUUACGAAUCUUAUGAUUGUCGAUUAUUUCACAACCAACUCUUGGGAGACUCGGAUGCCUCAAGAGUGGAGAGAUGCCUUCGAAUCAGAUCAAGGAAGGCUUAGCUCAUUGGAUCUAAUGGAGCUUGUCAGUCUUGGGAAACUGAGAGAUUUUAAAGCAGCCCCUGCGUGUCCAAAGUCAACAAAGUCAUCAUCAUCAUCACCCUCACUAGUAUUAACGUCUUUAUCAAAAGCCACUACGGACUUGUGCUCUGGAUCUUCAAAGAGGGUAGACCAAGAGCCACAGGAUUGGCCAGAGUCACUAAAAGAGUUUGUCAGCAUGGUUAAAAGGCUCUCAAUCAAUCGAACUCUUGACCCAGAGUUCACAAAGUUCAAAAACACGCUUGAUAUUCACUUAAUUCCAGGAAUGUCACCAAAGAAGCUUCAUGAGGUCGAGAUUUUGAGUGGCUUGAUAGCUUCAUAUGCAAAGGAUCAUGCAAUCAGAUCAGUUAUUGAUCUAGGUGCGGGACAGGGUUAUCUGAGCAGGGUUUUAGCCUUCCAGCACCAGCUGUGUGUUCUAGGAGUAGACUCAAAUACAAUUCAGACAUGUGGUGCUCAAACGACACAAAAGCGGACAGAGAAGCUUUUUGUCAACAAGUCAAAAUUGAAAAAACUGGGCGGAAGUAACAGAAAGGGUAGAGAAAAGGUGCCAUCUCUCUCUUCGAAACAAAGUCAAAGCAAUCAAGUAUCUAUGCCAUCCUUUACAACCGGAGCAAUAACAUCGACAACAACAGCUUUGACGGAGAGCUCAUCACCACUUCUAUCACCGGUGGUAGAAACAUCAGGAUUGGCAGUAAUGGGUGUUACACCUAUUGAUACGAUGACAACUAAUUCAGGGCCAGUGUUUGAUAAAGCAGCUACGCUUGCGGAUGAAACACCCUUAUUGAUUCCGGCAUCAUCCUCUAUGGCUUCAUCUUCGACUGUAUCAGAUUCUGCAUUACCAAAACCAUGUAAAAAGCUUAAAACUGGAACGAGGUCUAGCAGCAGCCCUGCAAAUCCUGCGACAGGAAGUAGUAAUGGUUCAUGUAAAAAGACUAACCGGUCCAGGAGAUCAAGAGCAAAACGAGAGGAAACACAAAAUAUUCCUGGUUCAGACACCUCUACCGAGACUGCUGUAUCAACUUCUGGAUCAACAGACAUUCCGAAUAUAUCAAUCUCCACGUGUGAUGCCUCAUUAAGCUCGCACACAACAAAUCAUAUAGAUAAAGAGCAGCUGAAGCAGGAAGAGGGAAGCAAAACUGCAUUUGAUUCUGCAAGUGAUCCAAACCUUGCAGCCACACCAGGAAGUAACUUUCAACUGCAACAUAUCACACAUCAUAUCACUGCAGCUACAUUGCCUACAUUACUGAAAGAGCAUUUCCCAAAGAAACCAAAGUGUGUGGCAGCUCAAACAUGUGAAAACAAUGACACCCACCUACAAUUAGGGCAUCGCCAGGACUGUAUACCCGAUGAUGAAGAAGAAGAAGAGGGUCGUUGGACGCUAUGUGGGCUCCAUGCGUGCGGCGAUUUGACUAGCAAUAUGAUUAAGCUUUAUCUCGAAAGUUCUGCAACUUGCUUAUUCAGUGUUGGAUGUUGCUAUCAUUGGAUCACAGAGCGAUUUGACAAAGACGGGAAUAUCGCCAUCUCUGACGGAACUCAUGGUUUUCCGUUGAGCACAGCAUUCAAUCGACAUUCGAUUCAUCUGGGUGAGCAUGCCAAAAUGAUUGCUUGCCAGUCCCCAGAGCGAUGGCUCAAGUAUCAAAAAGAGACUGAGGAUGCUAUUCAUGGUCAUUAUUUCCGUGCACUUCUUCACAAACUCAUGGUAGAAAGAGGGCUGUAUCCAGGACCUCCAGCUGUUGCGCCUGUAUUAGGGAGAAUGGGGAAACAUCGAUUGAAAGGGUUUCCUCAUUACCUUUCCACUGCGAUUAAUCGUUUGCAUUUACCGACUGAUGUUAUUAAACCUGAGGAGGCGCAGGCUGCAUACGAAGAGUUUUUGGAACAAGAUUUAUACAGGAUUGGGAUUCUGUGGGCUCUCAGAACAAUGCUAGGUCCCCUAUUUGAAGGGAUGAUAUUGCUUGAUAGAGCAACAUAUUUGUAUGAGAAUAUUGUUGAAAGAAAUGACAAGAAUGCUGUCAAGAAAGGAUCCGUACAAUUAAUAGCAGGAUUUGAUGUUGUAGAGAGUCCACGGAAUAUGAUAUUGAUUGCACUUAAAGACUAA